GUUCUGGAGUUACGCGGUAAAUCGCAACUUUCCUUUAUUUUUUCCUUAUUUUCUGCCGCUUUUUCGUUCUCACCCGGAAGAUUUUCGUUCUCCAAUUUUCAUUUUUUCUUCUUUGCCCCUUUCUCAAUUCUUAUCUACCUUGGGCCCCACAUCCUCUCUCAUCCAACGGUUCACAUUUCAUCGCUCCAUCGCCCUAGGGUUUACCCAAACCCGCCACCAUCUCUCACCUAUAUACCUCUCUCACUCUUCCUUUCUCAUUCCUUUUCUCAGUGCAGUAUCUGCUGCUGCUCUCUCUCCUACUCUGUUUCCUUUUUCACCUCUUUCAAUUCUCUCUUUUCCCUCACGCGCCGCCGUGGUUAUCACCGGCGGCCACUCCUAUCCUUUUCGCAUCCGCCGCCGCUUCUACCUUUCCUUCCCUCUCCUCGCUUUUCGCACCUAAAAAAAAUUAUAAAUCAAAUUUUCGCCCAAAAUUGUGUUAUCCUUCUGCAUCUAUCAUUCGCUGAGUCUAGAUAGGUUUUCUGUUCUUCCUAGGGUUUUAUUGUUCCGAAUAACAAGAGGAGGGGGAAGAGAAAAAAAAGGAAAAAAAAAUCAGAAAGGGGAAAUUAAGAAUUAUUUUUGAAAAAAUAAAUUAAGUUAUCGUUGGUGUGGUUUUGUUGUUAUUGGGUGAGAUGGCUCAGGUUCAGGUUCAGCCUCAGAAUGCGAUGCAGGGUGCCAACGGUGGUGCUGCUCCUCCUGCUGCUGGCGCCGCCGCGGCUGCUGCCGGUGGCGGUGGAAACCAGUUCGUGACGACGUCGCUUUACGUGGGAGAUCUUGACCCGAAUGUCACGGACUCGCAGCUCUAUGACUUGUUCAACCAAUUGGGCCAGGUUGUGUCCGUUAGGGUUUGCAGGGACUUGACCAGUCGGAGAUCGCUCGGUUACGGUUAUGUCAACUAUAGCAACCCGCAAGAUGCUGCCAGAGCAUUGGAUGUUCUGAACUUCACUCCUCUCAAUAACAAGCCCAUUCGUAUUAUGUAUUCUCAUCGUGAUCCCAGUAUCCGUAAAAGUGGGGCAGGAAAUAUAUUUAUUAAGAAUUUGGACAGGGCAAUUGACCACAAGGCAUUGCAUGAUACGUUUUCAACAUUUGGGAAUAUCCUUUCUUGCAAGGUAGCUACCGACUCGUCUGGGCAAUCAAAAGGCUAUGGCUUUGUGCAAUUUGAUAAUGAGGAAUCUGCUCAAAAAGCCAUAGAGAAGCUGAAUGGUAUGCUUUUGAAUGAUAAACAAGUAUAUGUGGGACCCUUCCUUCGCAAACAAGAUAGAGAAAGUGCUUUGGACAAGGCAAAAUUUAACAAUGUUUUUGUUAAGAAUCUGUCAGAAUCAACUACUGAUGAUGAAUUGAAGAACAUUUUUGGUGAAUUUGGAACUAUUACCAGUGCUGUAGUGAUGAGGGAUGGGGAUGGGAAAUCAAAGUGUUUUGGAUUUGUGAAUUUUGAGAAUACUGAUGAUGCUGCUAGGGCUGUUGAGGCUCUUAAUGCUAAAAAAUUUGAUGAUAAGGAAUGGUAUGUUGGAAAAGCUCAAAAGAAAUCUGAAAGGGAGCAUGAAUUGAAACUUCGCUUUGAGCAGAGCAUGAAAGAAACUGCUGAUAAAUAUCAAGGGGCAAACUUGUAUAUCAAAAAUUUAGAUGAUAGCAUUAGUGAUGAUAAGCUUAAGGAGCUGUUCUCCCCUUUUGGUACCAUUACCUCUUGUAAGGUUAUGAGAGACCCCAAUGGCAUAAGUCGUGGAUCAGGAUUUGUUGCAUUUUCGACUCCUGAGGAGGCAUCCAGAGCACUCUUGGAGAUGAAUGGCAAAAUGGUUGUAAGCAAACCUCUGUAUGUGACUCUAGCCCAACGGAAAGAAGAUAGAAGAGCUAGACUGCAGGCUCAGUUUGCUCAAAUGCGGCCUGUUGCAAUGCCUCCGUCUGUUGCUCCUCGUGUGCCAAUGUAUCCCCCAGGUGGUCCAGGUAUGGGUCAACAAAUAUUUUACGGUCAAGGCCCUCCUGCUAUCAUUCCUUCCCAGCCUGGAUUUGGUUAUCAACAACAACUUGUCCCUGGCAUGAGGCCAGGUGGGGCCCCUGUGCCAAAUUUCUUUAUGCCAAUGGUUCAGCAGGGACAACAGGGACAGCGUCCUGGUGGAAGGCGUGCUGGUGCAGUCCAGCAGUCCCAGCAGCCUGUUCCACUUAUGCCACAGCAGAUGCUUCCUAGGGGGCGUGUCUACCGUUAUCCUCCUGGUAGGGGUAUUCCUGAUGUUCCUAUGCCUGGGGUUGCUGGUGGUAUGUUUUCUGUUCCAUAUGAUGUUGGUGGGAUGCCACUGCGUGAUGCAUCACUCUCCCAGCAAAUUCCUAUUGGAGCUUUGGCUUCAGCUCUGGCUAAUGCUUCUCCAGAGCAGCAGAGGACGAUGCUGGGUGAGAAUCUCUACCCCCUUGUGGAGCAGUUGGAGCCGGAUAAUGCUGCCAAAGUGACAGGCAUGCUUCUGGAGAUGGACCAGACUGAAGUUCUGCACUUGCUUGAGUCACCAGAGGCCCUGAAAGCAAAGGUGGCUGAGGCUAUGGACGUCCUAAGGAAUGUUGCUCAGCAGCAGCAGGCUGGUGGUACUGCUGAUCAGCUGGCUUCAUUAUCACUUAAUGACAACCUUGUUUCUUAAAAUUUCUAUUUUGGGGUUUAUUUAGUGGCAAUGGAUUGUUAUUUUCGGCACUGGCUUUGAUCCAGUUUUCAGGUUGAGUUUGUUUUUAGAUUAGAUACUUUUGGUUGGUUUGUUAUGGAUCACCCUCCUUCGGUUGAAGGAACACUUUAAUGCUGUUUUUAACUAUCCCUUGCAUGUGGUACAUGGAAUCGUUUGUUUUGUGUUUUGAUACUUAAAUUACCUGAGUUUUUGGU